AAUAAAUAAAUGUAUACAUGGAGAUCCUUGGUGGCCUAGUGGUUAAAGGACUUGGUGUUGUCACCGCAAUGACUUGGGUCUCUGCUGCAGUUUGAUCUCUGGCCCAGGAAUUUCCAGAUGGCAUGGCCAAAAAAAAAAAAAAAAAAGUGUGUAAGAGGUAGCGAAGUUGAGGGCAGGGGAAAUGUUGCAAAACCUUUGCCUGGAACUGGACUUUUCAACCUUGGCCAUAUUGGCACUUGAUCCUUUGUAGAGGGGACUGUCCCAAGCACUGUAGGAUGUUAGCAGCAUCCCCAGCCUCUAUCCACUAGGUGCUAGUAGCAGCCACCACCUUGACGUCCCCAUUGUAACCAUAACUGUCUCCAGUCAUUGCCCAGUCUCCCAUGGGGGGUGAAAUCACCCUGGUUGAGAACCCCGUGGGUGUAGAUGCUCAGAUCACAGGCGGCAUUUUUCCUUCCUUCUUCUUUUCAAUGCCUUCCACCUUUCCUUUCAUAAAUAAGCAGUGAUUUUGUAAAUAAGUUGGAACAAAGAAGUGCCCAUUAGGAAUGAUCACGCCUCUCUUAUUCACAUCCUGCCGGAGAAGUCUCAGGAGACUCAGCUUUACCAAGGCCUGCAAGGCCCUGCACGAUCUGGCCCCUGGCUGCUUCCUGGAUGUGUUCGAUGUGUUCUCCUCUCCCUCUUACACGCACUCCCCACAUUCCACCUGCUCCAUUAUUCUUUCUGUUUUCAGACACACCUGGCUCAUUUCUACCUCAGGGCCUUUGCAUAUGCUGCACUGCCUGGUUGCUCUUCCCCGCCUCCUCUGUCUGUUUGAAUGUCACCUCCUCUAAGAGGCCUUCCCUGGUUACCCUGUCUAGAAUAGUUGUGUGUCCCUCCUACCCCGGUUCACUGUCUGUGUCCCCCACUAGAAUGUCAACUCCAGGAGGGCUCGGACUCUGGUUUGUUUACUGUUCCACCCCCCAGGACCUAGAACAACGCUUGACAUAUAGUCAGAGUUCAAUAAAUAUUUGUGGAAGGAAGGAGAGAGGGGGGAGGGAGGGCGAUAUGGAGGGAGAGAGGAAGGAAGGCGAACAAUCAAGAAAAACAAAAUCAGUCAAUUCAGGAGCUUACGGUAAAGGAGCAAUCUCACAGCCCACACAGCUGUGUUUCUCUCUAAAUUUCAACUCAUUCUGACUUGUGGUUUAUGGACAAAAGAUUUGCGUAGCAAACAGGCUCCAGGCAGCCAGCCCCCCUUUGAGGCAGCACAUUGAUGUGAUUUUUAUGCUGCCUCUUUCCAGAAAUCCCAUGCUGACGAGUGACCCGUGUUAAAACAGCAAUAACAUAAGCAGAUGCUCCUUCCUCCAGCGGGUACAAGGAAAUGCUAGAACUAGUGAUCUCACCCAGCCUUACUGUAAACAGCGACCGUCCCGGUAAAGUGAAGCUUAACUGUGCUGAGGCUGAUGUCUGGACUCUGAGUGACAUCGAAGGCAUCAGCACAUCGGCCGCUCCGAGUGUGUCCCCUCUCUUUGCAAGACCGUGCCCACGCGUCCUGCCCAGCCAGCCUCCCACGGCCAUGGCAGCCUACGGCCAGACACAGUACAGUGCGGGCAUCCAGCAGGCCACCCCCUAUACAACUUACCCACCUCCAGGACAAGCCUAUGGAAUCCCUUCUUACAGCAUCAAGACAGAAGACAGCUUGAACCAUUCCCCCAGCCAGAGUGGAUUCCUCAGCUACAGCACCAGCUUCAGCACCCCACCCACUGGACAGAGCCCGUACACCUACCAGAUGCAUGGCACGGCUGGGAUCUAUCAAGGAGCAAACGGACUGACCAAUGCAGCCGGCUUUGGAAGUGUACACCAGGACUAUCCUUCCUACCCUGGCUUCCCCCAGAGCCAGUACUCCCAGUAUUACAGCUCGUCCUACAACCCCCCUUAUGUCCCGGCCAGCAGCAUCUGCUCCUCUCCCCUCUCCACGUCCACCUACGUCCUGCAGGAGGCCUCUCACAGCGUCCCCAACCAGAGUUCUGAGUCACUCGGCGGUGAAUAUAACACGCACAAUGGACCUUCCACGCCGGCAAAGGAGGGAGACCCAGACAGGCCGCCCCGGGCCUCCGACGGGAAGCUCCGAGGCCGGUCUAAGCGGAGCAGUGACCCCUCCCCAGCAGCGGACAAUGAGAUUGAGCGUGUGUUCGUGUGGGACUUGGAUGAGACAAUAAUUAUUUUUCACUCCUUACUCACGGGGACUUUUGCCUCCAGAUACGGGAAGGACACCACAACGUCCGUGCGCAUCGGCCUGAUGAUGGAAGAAAUGAUCUUCAGCCUCGCAGACACGCAUCUGUUCUUCAACGACCUGGAGGAUUGCGACCAGAUCCACGUGGACGAUGUCUCGUCUGAUGACAAUGGGCAAGAUUUAAGCACCUACAACUUCUCCGCCGAUGGCUUCCACAGUUCGGCCCCAGGGGCCAACCUGUGCCUGGGCUCCGGCGUCCACGGCGGCGUGGACUGGAUGAGGAAGCUGGCCUUCCGCUACCGGCGGGUCAAGGAGAUGUACAACACCUACAAGAACAACGUUGGCGGCUUGAUAGGAGCUCCCAAAAGGGAGACCUGGCUACAGCUCAGAGCCGAGCUGGAAGCUCUGACCGACCUCUGGCUGACCCACUCCCUCAAGGCACUAAACCUCAUCAAUUCCCGGCCCAAUUGUGUCAACGUACUGGUCACCACCACUCAACUCAUUCCUGCCCUGGCCAAAGUCCUGCUGUACGGACUGGGCUCCGUGUUCCCUAUUGAGAACAUCUACAGUGCAACCAAGACAGGGAAGGAGAGCUGCUUUGAGAGGAUCAUGCAGAGAUUCGGCAGAAAAGCUGUCUACAUCGUGAUUGGCGAUGGCGUGGAAGAGGAGCAGGGAGCAAAAAAGCACAACAUGCCUUUCUGGCGGAUAUCCUGCCACGCAGACCUGGAGGCGCUGAGGCACGCCCUGGAGCUGGAGUAUUUAUAGCAGAACUCGCGGCAUCGCCACCUGCCAUCGCAGCUGCAUCCCACCCGCCCGGGCCCCUGGUUUUCCCUGCCUCCCCGCCAGAUGCUGGAAGAGUCCCUCCAGCCAAGAGGACGUGUCCGGUGACCAUCUCAGAAGCUGUCCUUUCAGUGCAAACACGGGGCCUGAGAAACAGAGUAGCCUGCAGUGGCUUUGGAACAUUUUCCCUUUGGGGCAAAGGGCUGGCUCGCUUGGAGACCUUCCUAAAAGACUCACGGAACACAAGCAAGGAAUUGCUGAUUUGGGGGAGGCUGGGGAUGAGGAGGAGGGAGACAGGCUUUUUUCUUUUCCUCUUUAAUUUAUGGACUAAUCAUUACUCUGGUAUUAUGCUCUUGUACCUGUGUUGUUGGUUCUCGUAGUCGUUGGUUUUUUGUUUUCUAAGCCGGCAUGUGGGCAGUGCACAGUUCUAAUUUAAGCCUCUCUGCUCCAAGUUGUGCUGUGGGGGGGACAGUCAUUCUUUGAACAUAGUGAGGGAGGCAAUUCGGGGCUGUGGGGAGGACUAUUGCUUUUUUUGUCUGUUUUUAAGGACCUAACCUGACGUCAUGUGGACAGUGCACGUGCCUUAUGCUGCCAUCUUGUUUUCUAGGAAGAGGGGACCCUGGGGAGGAGGCAGUACUUUGUGACGGAAAAAGGCAUUAAAUAAAACCACGUUUACAUUUUGAAGGGGGGUAGAGUAUCCCUACUUUAUUGCCCCUUUCGAGGUUUCUGAA